UAUUCAUAUUACUGGUGGAAUAACUUUGGUUAUGUAGCAGGCAGAUCGUUGGAAUAUAUAAUCAAUGAACCACCAUUUCCAUCCCAAUUUGAAUAUGGCGAAGGUCUUGAAUGGGGUUUUCGUCCUAUUGCCCCUCCUGCAAGUGGUGCAACUUUUUCAAGUGCACUUGGCGGCAAUAGACCACGCGAACAAUUUACAGUGGUACUUCUGACAUAUCAACGAGAUACUAUAUUGGCUUCUGCUCUUGAAAGGCUCAACAAUAUGCCAUAUCUAAAUAAGCAGCAAACAAAUGGGCUUUCGAUGUAUAGAGGAAGCACGUGGGGUUUGAUGGGUGAUGGGAAGUGUAAUACUCGCAGUGACGCACCGGUUUCACCAAUGACCGCAUUUGUAUUAGUAAUUUGGAAUGGACGUGAGCCACCAGUUGAACGUAACUGGCCACGAUUACACGUUCCUGUCAUUUUCAUUAAUUCAACUGUGAAUUCAUUGAAUAAUCGUUUUUUACCAUAUGAACAGAUUGACACGGAAGCGGUGCUAUCACUGGAUGAUGACAUUGAUCUCAGGCAGCAUGAAAUUAUUUUCGCAUUCAGAGUGUGGCGUGAACAAAGAAAGAAAAUUGUUGGUUUCCCAGCUCGACGUCAUUCUCAACAAGGAAAUGAAAUUUUGUAUGACAGCAACCACACAUGUCAAUUGAGUAUGAUAUUAACAGGAGCUGCAUUUAUUCAUAAGGCUUAUUUAUAUGCCUACACAUAUGGUAUGCCACAGGUAAUAAGGGAUAAAGUAGAUGAAUUUAUGAAUUGUGAAGAUUUGGCAAUGAAUUUCUUUGUUGCUCAUCUAACGCGUGAGCCACCCAUCAAAACGACUAGCAAAUGGACAUUGCGUUGCCCAGCUUGUAAAACAAGUCUUUAUAAACGAACUGCACAUUAUCUACAACGACAUGAAUGCAUACAGUUUUUCACACAGGUUUAUGGAUAUAAUCCACUUCUUUUUACUCAACUUCGGGUGGAUUCGGUACUGUUCAAGACACGUCUGCCAACUAAUCACCAAAAAUGUUUCAAAUACGUUUAA